CGGAAGCGGAAGGACAAGAAGCAACCCCGGCAGAAUCUCUCUGAUAAGCAGAAACGCGAAAAUCACAUCAUGUCAGAGAAGAAGCGACGGCAGCUCAUCAAGACAGGCUAUGCUGACCUUAAUAAGUUGGUGCCUGCUUUGGCCGGGGGUAAAAACGGCAUGUCACGGUCGGAAUCGUUG